AUGAUCACAGCCAUGGGAGACUGUGGCGAUGAGCUCUUCAAGGAGCUUGAAAGCACCUACUGUCCACCAAUUGAUCCUGCGUUGUUUGUUGCGAUCGUAUCAGACUUUGACCUGGCGAUCCCCACUCAAGUCGAACAGUUGCGCGAAACCCUGGAUGUGUUGAACGCAUCUGCUGUUGAGCAAGAAAACUUGCCAUUUGACCCCACAGGCACAACCAAUCUCCGAAAUUCCGAUGUCUCGGGCUCUGCAAUCGGCGAAUCGUCCGACGGCGCACCCUCAGAUCCGACAAGCUGGCCAUGGCCUGAACAUCCUGAACACAGUGAUGGUGACUCCAACGGCGCAAGUCGCGACGCUGAAAGACUCAAAGGCUCGAAGCUUGCAUACACCUUUCUGGGUAUGACAACUGCUGAUAAGGCACAGAACUUGAUUAGCAUGUUCCCGACUAUUACUCGCCUCGAAGCUGAGCGCAUCCUCGAAGAUUGCCAUGACAAUCUCAGUCGCUCAAUGGAUGUCCUACUCAAUCUUGCUUUCAUUGAAGAGACACAAAUCGCCAAAGAAAUUCCUCAGCACACCCCCAAUGAAGCGUCCUCCAUUCCCAAGUCAAUCGAUGGCUUCCAGGCCAAAGAAAACCAGAACGGCGGCAAAAAGCCCCGAAAGAACAAGAAGCAGAAACAACGUCGAGUCGACCUAGCCACCCAGUCCAUGAAUAAUACCGCCACGAAUAAAUGGGAGGCAGGAAAGAAGGAUAUCGAUUUUCUUUCCUCGCGGGUCUGCACUUUGCAGAGGGAGAAAAUCGCGUCGACUUAUCAUGAGAAUUCAAUGUCGCUUUGUGCAACAAUCAGAGUCUUGGCACAGGCUCAUGCACCCAAGGACAUCCAUGAAAUUGAAGACGACCCUGUGCUCAUUACGCAAGUGGGGGAGCUCGGUCACAAGUACCCCGGCAUCAAUCCGAUCACUCUCACUGGUCUGAUUCGAAUUGCGAACAAUGAGAUCUCAGCCGCAGAUGAGCUCGCUGAUACCUUGGCCCGCCGGCCGGAUCUCACUUCUGCUUCAAAUAUCAUCAGUUUCGUGUCAGCCCCGGUCGCCCUCGACGACGAAGAGGAGAAUACACCCCCGGUUCAGCAGACAGAGAGUGCUUCGGAUUUCAUGGAUUUCAGCGAAGCCGCCGCUGCUGCCAACUCCCACUUCGCAGCCCGAUCAGUUGCCCUCGCCCAAGCAUCCCAGUCCGCCCGCCGCGCCCGCUCCAACCCUCUCUACGGCGGCGCCUCCGCCUAUUACCGGGACGUUAGCAAUGAGCAACGCCAGCUCGCCAUGCGGCACCUGGCCACAGCCUCUGAUCGGCUGGUGGCCCGUCAGUCCUCUCAAUACGACCUGGAUCUGCACGGUGUGACGGUUGCCAAUGCCGUUAGAAUCGCUCGUGAAAGGGUGCAGGCGUGGUGGGACGGAUUGGGAGAUCAGAAGUAUGUUCGUGGUGGGGGACAGAGCUCCCACGGCGGGUUCAAUAUUGUGUGCGGUGUUGGUAACCACUCCCAAGACCGCAAGUCACAUAUUGGACCCGCCGUGUGGAACAUGCUGUUGAAGGAGGGAUGGCGUGUGGAGCUCAAUCGGGGCUCUAUGCUGGUGACCGGCGUGAACCGCCGUUGA